GCGUCCAGGGAUGGGGACACACGGGGGAUCAUGGAGUUAAAAGGGCAGUGACACGAGGGGACACGGCCACGGUGGUCACGGAGGGACACGAGGGGUGGACACGGACACGGGGUGGACAAGUGGCAGGGUGGACACGGACGCGAGGGGGUGGGCACGGAGGGACACGGACACGAAAGGGUGGGCACGGCCAUGAAGGGAUGGACACGGCCAUGAAGGGGUGGAUAUGGGAGGGGGGACACGGGGGGACACGGGGGACACAGAGGGACACGGAUGUGACAGGGUGGACACGGACGCGAUGGGGUGGACUUAAAGGGGCAGUGACAGGAGGGGAUGGGGACAGGAUGGACAUGGAGGGACACGGGUUUGAGAGGAUGGACACGGAGGGGCACGCGAGGGGGUGACCACAGACACGGGGCACGGAGGGACACGGGUGGGACAGGUGGACAUGGACACGGGGGGGACACACGGACACGAUGGGGGACACCGGAACGGGAGCAGGUAGUGGCGAAGGGACUCGGACACCAGGGGGCGGACAUGGACACGGUGUGACACGGGGGGACACGAGGGGACACAGGGGGGUGGACAUUGUGGACGGACAUGGACACCAGGGGGACGUGGACACGAGCAUGGUGCUCUCGGGGCUCGCAGGACAUUGAGUUUCAGACACGGAGAGGGGACACCGGGAUGGCGACACCCAUCCUGCCAGGGGACACCGACACUCGGGGGAGUCCCUGUGCUGCCGGGGGGGGUCAGUGAGCACACGGUGUGGCUGUCCCUGUGUCCCCAUUCGUGUGUCCCCCACCCUCAGGGGGUCACCGGGACGCUCAGCCAGUGCCAGGGGGAUGCUCAGCACCCAAAAAAAGCACCGGGGAUGGGUCUGACAGGGGUCAGGGGGUGCUGAUUUGGGGGUGCUGCCCCCCUGCACCCCCCGGGGCCGGCUACGCCCUGCCAGGGUGACACGGGACAGCCGGACCCGCCUGUUCCUCUUCCCCACACCAGGCAGCAGCGGCCGGAGCGCAGUGGGGUGACCAUGGGGCUCCCUGCGGCCCCACUCCUGCUGCUGCUGCUGCUGCUGAACCCCGUCACCCCCAUGUCCACCGUGUCCACCGUGUCCACCGUGUCCCCCUGCUCGGCCUUGCUGCUGGACACUUCCGAGGAGCUGGACCUGACCAACAGGAGCCGUGGAUGCGCCGAGCUGGACUGGAGCCCGUUCCACCGGCGGCGCCGGGUGCUGCUGAGGCACAACGGCAUCGAGUCCCUGAGCCCCUCGGCCCGCCUGGGCCCCAGCACGGAGGAGCUGGACCUGGCGGAGAACCGGCUGCGGGAGCUGCCCCAAGGAUUCUUUACCAACGCCACGGCCCUGCGGACCCUGCGGCUGGAGGGGAACCCCCUCCCCGCCGUGCCCCCCGCCGCCUUCCAGCCCACGCUGAGCUCCCUGUCCGUGUCCUGCCGCUGUGACCUGCUGGGCACCGUCCUGGAGCCCUGCACCCGCGCUGGGAUCAGCUGUCUGUGUCUCACAUCCCAGCAGAAUUCCUUCAAUGUCACGGAAUUCCACGGCCGGGAAUGCGGGCCCCCCGUGGGUUUGGUGGCCGGGCUGGCCGGGGCCGCUGCCGGGGUCGGGCUGGUGGCCGUGGGCGCUGCCGGGGUUUGGUACCGGCGGAGGAGAGCGGGAGCUGCGGUGGCCGCCGGGGGAAGGGGGAAGCAGGAUCCCGCUGGGAACCUCCGGCAGCCCCAUUACAUCAGCCGGGACAGCACCGGGAUCGGCACCGCCGGUGUCGCCGAUGGCCCCGACUACGAGAACAUCUUCGUGAGCGCUGGCGCGGCCCCGGCUGCCGCGCAGAGAUGGGCACCGGGGUGGCAGGAGCAGCGCUACAGCCCGCAGGUCCUGGCAGAUGAGAAUUAUUUCCUGGAGAGCGCGACCGAUCCCGGGGACCAGCCCAUCUACGCCAACACCGUGGGCCUCGCCGAGGAUGUCUACAUCAUUCCUGACCAGUGAGGGGCUGGGGGGACACUGGGAGGACUGGGGGGACACUCCCUGUCCCCCACUGAUGCCCUUUCCCCGCCUGUCCCCCAGCGCAGAGGGGACAGGGACAUUCCCCACAGCCCUGCGGUCACACGCACAUCCUGUGGGAACGCCUUUUGCAAGGGGAUUUUUUUGUUUUUAACAGCCCCAGUCCCCUCCUUCGCCCCAGUUCUCACCCCGGGGGUGAGGGCUGAGCUGACAUUUCCUCCCGGGGCUGCGGCCACCGACCGCGGGGACGCCUCGAGUGUCGCAUCCGCCGGAGCCGGGGGCCGGGACACGCGCAGGGUCCCUGGGGCCGGCUGGAGGAGCCGGGGCUGGGGCUGAUCACGGCCUUGCCUUUCUCUUCUUCCCCUUUUGGAGGAUGGAGAGCGCUGGGUGUGCUCGUGCUGGUGGUUGGGGACAUCCGGUGCCACCUGCGCUCUCUUUUUCUGCUGAAUGCGCCACUUUGGGGAACAAAGAAAAAGUUCCUUUUCAAAAUCCUUCUGGGUGAGAGCCCGAGCUGGUGGGUGCCGUGGGGGCACAGGGACCCCAUGGCUUGUCUGGAUGUCCCCCCAGCCCCUGAGAGGCUUCACUGUGU